AUCUACGCAUGCGCAGUUGCAUUUUUAGAAGCCUUGGCAAGCUUUUAUUUGGAGUGCAUUUUCAUUUGCUUAUUUAGGAGUGUUUUCUUACUACCCUUCUCAAAUCACAGUCAUUAUGUCGGAUCCAAGAAUACGCCAGAUAAAAAUAAAGACUGGAGUUGUAAAACGGCUGGCUAAGGAAGAGGUAUUGUACAUUAAGGAAGCAAAACAGCAGGAGGAGAAAAUUGAGCGCCUGAAAGCUGAAGCAGGGGAUGAAUAUCUUAUCAAAAAACAGAUGGAGGUGUUGCAGGAGUCAAAAAUGAUGAUUCCAGACUGUCACCGGCGCUUAGCCAUGGCUCAUGCUGAUCUGCAGCAGAUGUUGGAAGUUGAGUUGGAUCUGGAAAAUUCAGAAGAAUAUAAGGAGGCCAGAAGUGUUUUAGACUCUGUCAAACUGGAGGCAUGAUGUAAACCGAUGUGCAGCAAAUGUCCAUUCCAUUAGUCAGGACUUCUAAAAAACAUUGAUGCAUAAGUCUCGUCAUUGUCUCUCUUGUUUUGUAUUUAUAAAAAAAAAAAAAAAACUAUGAAUAUCGUGCCUCUGCAUUGUCUGUUGAUUAUUCAAAUUCACAAAUUAAAUAAAACAUUCUUACUGUG